UUCAUCAACACCUGUCUACAAUCUCUUGUGGUAGAAAAAUUUGGUGAAGAGACAUGGGAAAAAUUGAAAGCUUCUGCAGAAGUGCAAGAUGCCUUCAUGACCUACACAGUGUAUGAUGACGCCAUUACCAUUAAGCUCAUCCAAGAGGCCUGCAAGGUUCUGGAUGUGUCCAUGGAAGCCAUUCUGAAGCUCUUUGGAGAAUACUUCUUCAACUUCUGUAAGAUGUCUGGCUAUGACAGGAUGCUGCGGACACUAGGAGGAAACCUCACAGAGUUUAUUGAAAACCUAGAUGCCCUUCACAGUUACCUGGCACUCUCUUAUCAGGAGAUGAAUGCGCCAUCAUUUCGUGUGGAGAGAGGAGCGGAUGGGGAAAUGCUUCUCCAUUACUACUCAGAUAGAAGUGGACUGUGUCACAUUGUACCAGGUAUCAUUGAGGCUGUGGCUAAGGAUUUCUUUGACAUUGAUGUGGCCAUGGAUAUCCUUGACAUGAAUGAAGAAGUGGGGAGGACAGGAAAAAAAGAGCAUGUUGUAUUUCUGAUUGUGCAGAAUGCUCACAGGAAAAUAAGAAGGGCAAAGCCAAGAUUACAAGACAAUGAGGACACCCAGAGAGACCAAGAGGAUCUCAGGGUAGCUUUCCUGAAGAUGAAGGAAAAAUAUUUGAAUGUCUCUGUUUGUCCUGGGGAGAAGUCCCACUGGGAUGUUGUGAGGAGUAUGGUCAUGUUUGGAAAAGGACAUCUCAGGGACACAUUCAAGCCCAUCUACCCUGAGAGACUCUGGAUUGAAGAGAAGACCUUCUGCAAUGCUUUUCCUUUCCACAUUGUCUUUGAUGAAGCACUGAGGGUCAAGCAAGCUGGAGUGAAAAUUUAGAAGUAUGUCCCAGGACUCCAAACCCAGAAGAUUCAAUUAGACGAGUAUUUCUCCAUCAUUCAUCCUCAAGUUACCUUCAACAUUUCCAGCAUCUGCAAAUUUAUCAACAGCCAAUUUGUUCUAAAGACACGAAAAGAAAUGAUGCCUGAAGCAUGGAAAAGUCAGCCCACACUCAAACUCCGAGGCCAGAUGAUCUGGAUGGAGUCCCUGCGAUGCAUGAUAUUCAUGUGCUCUCCAAAGCUCCGCAGCCUGCAAGAGCUAGAGGAGCUCAAGAUGCAUCUGUCAGACAUCGCCCCCCAUGACACCACCAGGGAUCUCAUCCUUCUCAACCAGCAACGGCUAGCGGAGAUGGAGCUGUCCAACCAGCUGGAGAGGAAGAAGGAGGAGCUGUGCAUCCUCUCCAAGCACCUGGCCAUUGAAAAGAAGAAGACAGAGACCUUGCUGUAUGCCAUGCUGCCAGAACACGUGGCCAACCAGCUGAAGGAGGGCAAAAAGGUGGCCGCAGGAGAAUUUGAAAUCUGCACAAUCCUUUUUAGUGAUGUGGUGACAUUUACUAACAUCUGUGCUGCCUGUGAACCUAUCCAGAUAGUGAAUAUGCUGAAUUCAAUGUACUCCAAGUUUGACAGACUCACCAGUGUGCAUGAGGUCUACAAAGUGGAAACAAUAGGUGAUGCUUACAUGGUGGUAGGUGGUGUGCCAGUGCCUAUCGAAAGCCAUGCUCAAAGAGUGGCUAACUUUGCCUUGGGGAUGAGAAUUUCUGCAAAGGAAGUGAUGAAUCCUGUCACUGGAGAACCCAUCCAGAUCAGAGUGGGGAUUCAUACUGGACCAGUGUUAGUAGGUGUUGUGGGAGAUAAGAUGCCACGGUACUGCUUGUUUGGUGACACUGUGAAUACAGCCUCUAGGAUGGAAAGUCACGUUCCCAACAAAGUACAUCUCAGUCCCACAGCCUACAGAGCCCUGAAAAAUCAAGGGUUUGAAAUCAUGGAGAGGGGUGAAAUUGAAGUAAAAGGUAAAGGGAAAAUGACCACAUACUUUUUGAUUCAGAACUUGAACGCCACAGAGGACAAGAUCAUGGGGAGACCUAAAACUCGACUUGAUCACAAGGAACCCAGUGCUCAGGGAAACCAAGACACGAAAACCAUGGCCACCAUGGGAUUCAGCGAUGGUCGGCACCUGCUCCCCAACAAUGAGGAGGUAGAUG